GCCCCCGCCGGGCUGUCCCUGCGGACUCCGUCAGGCUCCGGCGUGCUUCCCGGGUGCGACUCUGCGAGGCGGCGCGAAAACAGAGUAACCGAUUCCAUCACUGUUUCCUUCGGCCUCGAACUUGGAGAGAUUUGCCGCGAAAACGAAAGUACAUAACUAUCUGGGCACAGCUCUGAGGUGCAGAAAAGGUGGUGUGUUUUUGAGCGUUCUGAGCGUCGGAAGGAAACCAGACAUGUCCUUGGACGACAUUAAGAUGAAAUCCAGUGACUUCCUGGAGAAGGAACACCUAGACAGCGGGGGCUUCGGGAAGGUGUCUUUGUGUUUCCACAGGUCCCACGGGCUCGUCAUACUGAAGAAGGUGUACACGGGGCCUAAGCGGACAGAGUACAACGCGUCCCUCCUGGAGGAGGGCAAGAUGAUGCACAGGCUGAGACACGAGCGGGUGGUGAAGCUGCUGGGCAUCAUCAUCGAGGAGGGGAACUACUCCCUGGUGAUGGAGUACAUGGAGAAAGGCAACCUGAUGCACGUGCUGAAGGCCGAGAUCAGCAUCCCCCUUUCUGUAAAAGGAAGGAUAAUUAUGGAGAUCAUUGAAGGAAUGCGCUAUUUACAUAGAGAAGGUGUAAUACACAAGGACCUAAAGCCUGAAAAUAUCCUCGUUGAUGACAACUUUCACAUUAAGAUAGCUGACCUUGGCGUUGCAUCCUUUAAGACGUGGAGUAAGCUGACUAAAGAGGAACACAAUGAGCAGAGGAAAGCGGACAGUCUCUCUAAGAAAAAUGGUGGCACCCUCUACUACAUGGCGCCCGAGCACCUGAAUGACAUCAAUGCCAGGCCCUCGGAGAAGUCGGACGUGUACAGCUUUGCCAUAGUACUGUGGGCAAUAUUUGCGAACAAGGAGCCAUAUGAAAAUGCUAUCAAUGAGCAGCAGCUACUCAUAUGUAUUAAAUCCGGGAAUAGGCCAAAUGUGAAUGACAUCAUUGAGUACUGCCCAAAGGAGAUUAUCAGCCUCAUGAAGCAGUGCUGGGAUGCGGACCCAGAAGUGCGGCCAACAUUUCUUGGUAAGGGCAUCUUUAAAGAGUAUCCUAGCCCAAAUGAAGUUGUGAAGAGAAUGCAGUCUCUCCAACUAGACUGUGUAGCAAUACCUCCAAGCAGGUCAAAUUCAGCCACAGAACAGCCCCGUUCACUGCACAGUUCACAAAGUCUCAGGAUGGGUCCUGUGGAGGAGUCCUGGUUCGCUCCCUCCCCAGACUACCAGCAGGAGGAGAGUGAGCGCAGCCUGCAAAAUAAACUCCAGGAGGAAGCCAACUACCAUCUUUAUGGCAGCCGCAUGGACAAGCAAACAAAACAGCAACCCACACAGGGUGUGGCUUACAACAGAGAGGAGGAAAGGAGACGAAGGGUCUCCCAUGACCCUUUUGCACAGCCAAGACCUUAUGAGACUGUUCAAAACCCAGGGAUGAAAGGCCUUGCUUCUUCUAACACAGCCAGUCCUGGGAAUGCAGUACACCAACCAGCUGGACUGACCUGCCAAUCCCAAGGACUCCACUGGACUCCAUAUAAUCCGUAUGAUUUUAGAGCAAGACCAUUGGGUGCAGGAACAAUAGAUUCCAGAUUUUGGUCUGGGCCAAAUGCAAGCCAGAUACCCAGCCUGCAUAAAACUCCAGUGCCUGAGACCAACAUGCUGGGAAACACUCCCACCAUUCCAUUCAUCUCCCUGACAUCAAGAGAUGAGACUGCAAAAUAUGCCAUAUACAACAGUGCUGGCGUUCAGAUUGGAGACAAUAAUCGUAUGGAGGUUGGAGGGAGCUUGCCAUUACUGGACAGCACAUACGUGAACUGGAACGAGCCAGCUUCUAAGUACCAAGAUACCUUUGAUAAUACCACUAGUCUGACUGAUAAACACCUGGACCCAGUCAGGGAAAAUCUGGGAAGGACCUGGAAAAAUUGUGCCCGUAAACUGGGCUUCACUGAAUCUCAGAUUGAUGAAAUUGACCAUGACUAUGAGAGAGAUGGAUUAAAAGAGAAGGUUUACCAGAUGCUCCAGAAGUGGCUGAUGCGGGAAGGCAGUAAGGGAGCCACUGUCGGAAAGCUGGCUCGGGCGCUCUACCAGUGCUCACGCAUAGACCUUCUCAACUCUUUGGUGUUUAUCAGCACGAACUAACUAGAAGCAGCUUCAGCAGCAUGAAGUCAUCUCCUCACUUAGUGGGUGAGCCACUGAGAACGGGCUGCCUCAGACCACCCGUGAAGUCAACCCCCACUUAGUGAGUGAGCCACUAAGAGUGGGCUGCCUCACUGACCCGGGUUCUCUGUCUGCACAAAAACCAUUCCCUGCAUUUCAUAACUGGAAAUGGGAAAGAAACCUACAGCAAACAACGCGCUAAACUCAAUGCCUGAGGCUUGAUGAGAAAAGAGCCUUGCCCUAGCUGGUUUGGCUCAGUGGAUAGAGCCUCGGCCUGCAGACUGAAGGGUCCCAGUUUGAUUCC